GCGUACAAAAAAUACGCGAAGAAACAUGGGGAAGAGAUACGAGUCAAAGGUUUAGAAGAAUACAACAACGAGCAGAUGUUCUUCAUAGGAUAUGCAUUGAAACUUCUAAUUUCACAGAUAUGGUGUGGUCAUGCGACUAAAGAUGCACUUGUAAAAAAAAUCCUAACUGAUCAACACUCGCCAAAUCCAUAUCGGGUUAAUCUGGUCCUCGCCAAUCAGCCGGAGUUUGCUGAAGCCUUCAAUUGUGCAGUUGGUACUCCGAUGAACCCUAGAGAACGUUGUAGUGUAUGGUAA